AUGAAUUUCGAUGAUCCAUAAUUUAAAUUAUUGAAUAUUGAGGAAGAUUAUGAUGUUUAGAAUAAAUAAUAAAGUAAUGAUAUAAAUCUAGAGCCAUGGAAUGGGAAUUCUGAUAAAGUAUAUAUAGGAAAGAAUCAACUAAAAUUGCCAAAAAAUAUUAACAAUAAAGUAAAGAUUCCAUUAAGAUCAACAACAUAAUAACGAAGACGUUCAAUAGAAAAUUUUUAUGCAUCUCAUUAAGAAAGUUGUCCAAAAAUAGAGACAAAGACUCCUACUUAAUCAUUUUAGAUGAUGAUUUUAUCUCCUCGAAAAAAUUCAACUCAUCAAUAUAAACAAAGUUGCUUAAAAAUGAUGUUCAAAAGAUAAAUCUAAUCAAAUUCAAUAACUUGGGCUGACUAUUAUAAACUUAUUUAAAGAAAUCAUAACCAAUAGGUUGUGAAUUAUAACCUUGUAGGUUACAAUAUAUAACCAUUAAAGUUAGAGGAUAGAUAAUGUUUAUUCAAUAAAUUUAGAAUUAAAAUAAAAUAAAAUCUUAAAAACAAAACUGAUUGUUGA